AUGAGCGACGUCGACAAACAACGUGGAGAGGCGAUGGAGGCCGAACUGGGAGAGGACGCUGUCUUUGUGGCGGCGGAUGUUACUGACUAUGAUCAACAAGCUUCCUUGUUCGAGACAGUAUGGGCGAAAUGGAAGCGAAUUGACUUCGUCGCAGCGAAUGCCGGAAUUAUCGAUACUCACUCUAUAUACACUCCUACCUCACCGAAGGCAGGGGUUGCGCCGCCGAAGCCGAUACUCGAAACCGUCGACGUGGACCUCAAGGGAGCAAUCUACACCGUAUAUCUUGCCCUACAUUACUUUCGACAACACCCCGUAGCCCCCGGCGGCAAGAUCACGGUGACGGCGAGCUCAUCAGCGCUGUAUCCACUCGAGUCUGUGCCACUGUACUCAGCAGCCAAAUCCGGGGUUGUGGGUCUAGUUCGGGCUAUGGCACCGAGACUUAAGGCCGAGAACAUCACGAUUAACUGUCUCUGCCCUGGAAUCAUCUCGACUAGGUUAACAGAGAGACUAAUGAGUCUGAUUCCAACCGAAGCUAUCACACCAAUCGAGACGGUAAUGAAGUGUUAUGACCGAUUCAUCAACGGCGACGAGACCGGGUGCACAGCUGAGGUCAGUAAGGACCAGAUAUACCUCCGCGAUCAGCCCGAGUACGCAGACGAGUGGCAGCGAUGGCAAGCAGAAAAUCUGCCGGAGCUGGGCAGACUAGGGCGAGAGAAGAAGUAG